AUGAGACAGACUGGUGAAUGGAUCGACUAUGGCUGCAACUUUCAGUUGCCCUUCUUCUGCUGUGAUGGUGGCUCCUCUGGUCAGUGUUUCUAUGAAGGAACUGGGAAGAUAUGGCAGGGAGCUCAGAGCUACUGCAGAAACCAAGGCAGAGACCUGCCCACCAUUCAUGACCAGGCCAGAGUUAAUAAGCUUAUAGGUCUUAUACCUUCAACUAGUAACGGGUAUUACUGGAUCGGGCUGUAUCAUGACAAAGAGAACUGGCAGUGGUCCAGUGGAGGUGAUGUCAUUUACUCCAACUGGGAACCAUACCUCUUCUGUGCUUCAGUCAAUUCAGAGGGAGAGUGGGAGGAUUCAUUCUGCCAUCAGAGAAACUAUUUCAUGUGCUACAGCGAGACCAGCACCAUCACUGAGAGAUACACCCUGAUUGAACAACUGAAAACCUGGACUGAAGCUCAGCAGUACUGUAGAGAACACCACACCGACCUCGUCCGUAUAAAGAACGCCAGUGAAAAUGAAGAAAUAGUGAAGAAAGCGCAGGGCAAGACCUUCUGGAUAGGCCUGUUCAAUGAACCCUGGAAGUGGUCACACCAGGGGGAUAACUACACAUUUCACAACUGGAGCAAUGGGCAACCAGACAACUUGGGAGGGGAUGAGAACUGUGUGAUGAUGAGUAAGACUGGUGGAUGGACUGACACUGGCUGCAACUCUCAGAAGUCCUUCUUCUGCUGUGAGGGUGAGGACCCUAUUCAGACUGUGUUCUCAUUUAAUUCAGUGAUCUUCAAUAGGUCCUGGUGGUGACAAAUCUAGCAGUUUCCACUUUGAGAAUCAAUCACAGGCUCCCUGCUCAGGCUGAUGGGAUGGUCAAUAUCCUUCCAGAGGUAAUGGGGUGAUGUGGAUUGCAGCUAU